AUGGGCCUCACUUCUACACACUUCCUGCUUGUUGCCAUUGCGCUCCUGGUAUUGUUACCCGCAGGAGCCGACGCUUUUGGCGCAGGAAACAUCGCUUCCAUCUCCAAGAUCGAAGGGCAGAACUGGCGCCAUGGCGAUAUCGAGGAUAUGCUUGCAACGGUUGCCUGCUUGAAGGGACACAAGUGGAAGUCAAACAUGAUCAAGCGAGUCUACUUUGGUAACUGGUUGCGGGACUACUCCCAGGCUGUGGACGUCGGUACCUUGGCAAAAGUUCAGGGCGAGACAAUUCGUGUUCUUGUUUGGGUCCUAUCGUUCAUGUCCUUUGGCUACGCCACUGGAGAGUUUGAGGUCACUGCUGAGAGAUUGGGAGUGUACCGACCUGAAGAGCACAUCGAUAAUCCUAAAGACUACGCCGACGGUGAGGAUGCACGCAAGUAUGAUCCACGUCUUCGUGGCCCCGUUUCAGACGCCGAGUUGGCAGUGGAUCCACAAACAGGCAUGAAGAAUUAUAUUGCCAAUGAGCAAGGCGGUUGGGCGACCUCAGCAGGUUAUGUCAAGUUCUCUUUCGCACGCGCCAUUCAUUUUGGCCGCCUCUACACCCAUGGCCCAUCUGAUCAACGAGGCAGAGAGGAAGAUUUAUCAGAAGCGCUUCGCUGUCUUGGGCAAGGCCUUCACUGCCUCGAGGACUUUGGAGCGCAUACCAAUUACGUAGAGCUAGUGCUGCGUGAGCUGGGCUACACGAACGUAUUCCCCCACGUUGGUGCUCAUGCUGGCAUUAACCUCCAUGGCCAACACACCUUCCCUCUUGUAACAGGUACCUUUGGAGGUGUAGACUUCUUUCAUUCCGUACUAGGAGAAGCAAACGACCACAUCACGCAGACUGAAAUCGAUGAGGUAAACACUGCUCUGAUCGAUGCGGUACAGAACAAUACAAGUGGCAAGAGAGGUCCGGGAGGUCAGUCUGAUGCCUGCAGUGGCUUGAUUGAUGCUCUCAGCAAGAUCCCCGGUACUGGUAAUCUCAUCAGCCAAGCGCAGAACCUGCAAGCACAAUCCGAUGCCCAAGCUGCCGCUAAUGCGCGCUCUGGAGGUGGAGGCUACGAAAGCUUUGGAUCUCGUGCGGGAGAUCAUGAUGGUUACCAGCAAGAUAACUUUGCCGCGCCACCAGGCUCUGUGGGUGGACCGCCAGGCCCUGAUAUCCCAGGUACAAAUACGGAUCCUGCUACCAUCAUCCCUAAGAUCUACCCAAUUCUAGUGUUCAGAGACAAUGUCGUGCGCAGCAUCUCGGCCAUCAUUUCGAAGAUACCCGGUCUAGAGAAGCUCAUCGAGACCGUUACCGAGCGUGUCACGCUCUUCGUCAUGUCUCUGCUCGCACCCUUUAUUCUGCCAAUCAUCAAGUCUGCAUCCAACCAGCUCAAGAGCGGGUCUUCGGCUGUCAUUGACUCCGCUGCAAAGCAUCAGUUUGAAGUCUGGACGGAUCCAUACUCCACCAAUCCUACACAUAGCAUGCUAUCCAAGGACCACUUUUCCAACAUCCUGAACCAGCCUGCUGGCCAAGUCGCUGUGGCUAUCUUGCAGUUCGUCGCACCUCGUGUCAUCUACGCAUGGGACCACCCUGACGUCCCAGUCGACCAGGUCCUAAAUGACUGCAUGCGUGUAUUCCACCACCCCAGUCUUCGCGACUCACGUUGCGAAGUCCACGUCAACAUACCUGAACGUUAUCCUGUCUUCCGAGUCUGUAAAGGAGGGUAA